AUGGCAGAGGCUCCUGCAUCGCUAUCGCCCGUGGGUUUGGAGUUGCGCCCGGCGACACAAGCUUCCUUUGACAACACGGUCGCAGCCCAGCGCCCCGUUGCCAUCCGCUCGAUCUCUCUACCCUCGACGGCUGAUGCACCACCGGAACCCAAUGGCCGGUCCCUCAGCACCAGCGCCGCGUCUCCUGAGUCCGGCAGUCGUCCCGCAACUGCUCGCUCAGUGCGCAACCCAAGUCAAAAUGGAGGAUUGACACCGUCUACACCAAGAUGGGAGGAUGAUCGGACAGAGGCGCCCUCAUUGCGCAGUGUUCCCAGCAUUGUCAUCAAUGACAGCUCGCGUCCGAGCUCACGCCCAGGCUCUCGGCCAGGCUCUCGGUGGUCGGAGCGCAAGUGGGGUGGCUUGAGGAAGAGGUCGGAAGAGUUGGAGCGCAAGAUGAGCACGGAGGAGCUUCCGCCUGUGCCUCAGAUCGAGCCGGCGUUCAGUGGGAUUAGCUUGGAUAUACCGACGGGGUCGUUGAGCGGACUGGAUCAGCCUAUGAAGUUCUCCAACCGUGGCAGCCUCAUUAGAGAUCGAUCAAAGCGUCCGUAUCCCGCGUUACCAAAGGACCAGCAACCGAAUGAGCCGUCUGAACCGUGUUCAGCGUCACCAUCAGAGAAGCCAUCUAUCCAGCGGCUUGCAGACAUGACACCAGACCCUACGCCUACAACCUCAACCGGCACCAAUGAUGGAACUGAUGAUGGGAAAAAGAACGGCGCAAAUGGGGUGCCCAAGGUGACGCCACGACCUCCCAGACCACAAAGUACCCUCCGCCCCAGACAGACAAGCCUCCAGAUUAGAGCCAUCUCGGCAGACGAGGAUAUGCUGUCCCGACGCGUUCGGCUCAUGUACGAGAAAGGCGACGAGAAUGUGACUGAUACGGAGGUUGCAAAAGCAAUGGCAGCCGACAAUGGUGUUCUCUGGGAAGAACCAGCUACCCCCAGUGUGGAGACCACUCCGACGCCUACCGCCGAGGUGAACGGAGCAGAAGCGAAGGGCCGAGCCUCUGAAGAAGUGGAGCGUAUCAGGAUGAAGAGGGAAACACAGGAAUUAGCGGGAGGUAUCGAGUAUUGGCAAAAUAUUGGGGCCGGACAAGUGGACCGCUAUGGGUUCAUUCAUGUCCCGACCGAUUCCGCUCCUCACCCUAUCCAAAGAGUGACCACAAGCCUUCUCCUGGCCUCUGAGACACCCCGAAGGAAGCGUUCUAUUCGACCAACGACUGCCCGGGCCAGCACUCGCUCCUUCAGUGCUCGAUCCCCGCCCCGCCACCUCUCUCAAUACUCCGCGAAUGGCCGUCCUUCCUCAUCCGCAAGCACCGUUAGUGCUCCGAUACGACGCUCCACAUCUCGUCUUCGUUCGGCAACCAACCACCUUCCACACAACAGAGACCGCAAGGUCACGGAUGAGGCAGGUGAUAUGCUCACUCUCCCUGUGGAUGCCCCCGAGGAAGGACCAGACACUCCUGCUGCGCGUGCGAUGCGGAGGAAAGAGUGGGAGCGCGAAGACAAGUGGACCAAGAUGGCCAAGCCGACGAAGAAGAGCCGAGAUGGUGGCGGUAUGAGGUUCGAGUUCGAUACGCAUAGCUCCAAGUUGAUUGAGCGGACGUGGAAGGGCAUCCCCGACCGGUGGCGUUCAACAGCCUGGUACUCCUUCCUCGAGGCAAGCGCCAAACGACAUCCGAACAGUCCCUCCGAGGACGAGCUUGUUGAUGCCUUCCACGAAUACCAAUAUCUCUCCUCGCCGGAUGAUGUCCAGAUCGAUAUUGACGUGCCGCGCACUAUUACCAGCCACAUCAUGUUCCGUCGGCGGUAUCGCGGUGGGCAGAGGUUGCUGUUCCGUGUCCUGCACGCCAUGUCAUUAUAUUUCCCUGACACUGGAUAUGUGCAAGGCAUGGCGGCUCUUGCAGCAACGUUACUGGCAUAUUACGACGAGGAGCAUGCGUUCGUCAUGCUCGCCCGACUCUGGCAGUUACGGGGCCUGGAAGAGCUGUAUAAGUCUGGCUUCGCCGGGCUCAUGGAGGCGCUAGACGACUUCGAGCGGGAAUGGCUGGCUGGUGGUGAAGUGGCCUCGAAACUGCACGAAGUCGGAAUCCCUCCUACAGCCUACGGAACCCGUUGGUACCUCACUCUUUUCAACUACUCCAUUCCUUUCCCCGCCCAGCUUCGGGUAUGGGACGUCUUUAUGCUCCUUGGUGACGCGGACGACCUUCCUGCCCCAAGCCGGCCAAACACCUCGUCCGGGAAAAGCAAAAAGGAUACGCCCGCCUCACGCCCCGGCACCUUUGGACAAGGCCUGGAUGUGCUUCACGCCACCUCCGCUGCCCUCAUUGAUGGCAUGCGCGACAUUAUCCUCGAAUCUGAUUUUGAAAAUGGCAUGAAAGUCCUCACCAGUUGGGUCCCAAUCAAGGACAUUGAAAUCUUCAUGCGUGUUGCCAAAACGGAGUGGAAGGUUCACCGUCGCAAGAAGGCGACUUGA